UUCAAUAUAACUGAAGCAGCAGCGGAAGAGAGAAGAGAGAUGAAUGUUAACAUGAACUCCGUGGAAGCUUUGCUGGCUCAAAUCCAGGGUUUAUCAAGCACUCCUGAAGAUGUCAAUCAUCUGCACGACGCUCUCAAACAUUCCGAAGAUCUUCUCCGUUCUGAAGCACCUCGCUUUGCAGCCCAUCUUCCCGAACUUGAUCCCUCCAAUCAUUCUCUCGGUUACCUUUACAUACUAGAGACAUGCACUUUUGCACCUUUUGCAAGAGAAAGAGCUAAUGACUUGGUUGUUCUGAUUGCGUUAUUUAUCCAUUCUUGUGCUGUACAACAGAUCCGAUUGGCACCAGAAAAAUUCAUUUCUGUUUGUAAAACUUUGAAGGACUAUGUUGUUAUGCUUGAAGCUCCUAUUCGUGGAAUUGCGCCACUGCUUACAGCUAUUAGAAAACUCCAAUCUUCAUCUGAACAUUUGACUACAUUACAUCCAGAUUUUCUACAGCUUUGUUUGUUGGCUAAACGCUAUAAAACUGGUUUUUCUAUUUUGGGGGAUGAUAUAUUUGAAGUUGAUCAACCUAGGGAUCUCUUUCUUUAUUGUUACUACGGAGGAAUGAUAUGCAUUGGACAAAAGAAUUUCCCUAAAGCAUUGGAGCUGCUACACAAUGUUGUUACUGCUCCGAUGUCUUCAAUAAAUGCUAUAGCUGUUGAGGCCUACAAAAAAUACAUUCUUGUUUCCCUUAUUCACCUUGGGCAGUUUUCAACCAAUUUCCCCAAGUACACUUCUUCUGUGGCCCAAAGGAGUCUAAAGAACUUCUCACAGCCAUACAUUGACCUGGCAAACUGUUACAACAGUGAAAAGGUUUCAGAACUCGAGACAUUUGUCCUUGCCAACAUGGAGAAGUAUGAGAUUGACCACAAUCAUGGUUUAGUGAAGCAGGUUGUUUCAUCCAUGUACAAGCGAAACAUCCAAAGAUUGACUCAAACAUACUUGACACUAUCCCUACAAGACAUUGCCAACACAGUGCAGCUAGAAAGUCCGAAGGAGGCUGAAAUGCAUGUGCUCAAAAUGAUUCAAGACGGAGAGAUAUAUGCGUCAAUAAACCAGAAGGAUGGAAUGGUCAGAUUUUUGGAGGAUCCUGAACAAUACAAGACCUGUGGGAUGAUUGAGCAUAUAGAUUCCUCAAUCCAAAGGAUAAUGACAUUGUCAAAUAAACUGACGACCAUGGAUGAGCUCAUCUCAUGCGAUCCUCAAUAUUUGGCAAAGGCUGGAAGAGAGCGUCAAAGAUUUGAUUUCGACGACUUCGAUACUGUACCACAAAAGUUCAACAUAUGAACCAACAACACCGCCAUCCCCUGCAUUGCCAAUGUCUGAAUUUUGCAUCUUUCGAAAGUGUUGUUGUCAUAACUCUCUCGUUAUUAGUAACUUUCUGUGUGUUAUGAGACAUUUUGACUUGUUGGUUUUGAUUUUUGGAUAUCAUAUAACAUCGCUGGCCAAGAUAUAUACCAAAAAUAUCAUUAGCUUCA